UAUGCAGGUGGCUAGAUACACGUGAACAACUGUAAUGGCCACCUCUGAUGUGUCGAAGAAAGUGUUGCGGUUGAAACUUAAGCUCACAGAAUCGACAGAAUCGAAGACGGUCCUGGAAACUUUAAACAAACUACAGGAACUAGAUAUCACCAUAGAUGUUCUUGCGGAAACUGGCAUCGGCAAAACGGUGAACUCUUUUCGUAAGCAUGGAGAUGCUGGCGAGGUUGCCAAAUCACUCGUUAGGCACUGGAAGAAACUAGUUCCCAAAGAAUCCCAGAGCCACACAGAGGAUGGUGCAACUUCACAGACCAAACAUUUCAAAACUGCAAAGAGCCAAAGCAAUUCAGCGGAGGGAUGUGUAAAAACUGAGGACCACAAUGAACUAGAUUUAAAGCAGAAAUUUUCAGAAAUGGAUGACAAAGAUUACGUAACUUCUAAUGAGGACCAGUUAAAACCUGAGGAGAAAAAGAAAGACCUUUUGGCGAGAGAUGAACCACAAGAGAUAGACAGAAAGGUGGAGGCAGAGGAAGAAUCAGAGGCAGAGAAAAAUUGUAAAGAGAUAGAGAGAAAUAAGAAAAAGGAAGAGAGAGAAAAGGGGGAAGAGAGAAAGAGGGAGAGAGAGGAAAUGAAGGCAGAGGUAGAGAAAAUGGAUGUUAGUCAAGAAAAUGAAAGAAAGUCACCUGAAUUAAAGAAGCAUUUUAAAAGUGAACGUGAAAGAAGGGAGAAUCUGAUUAAAAAAGUAGAGAGACGAGAGAAAAAAGGAUCCGUCCCUUUGAAGAUGCAUCAUAACCAUGGUAUGGAGUCUGAUAAAGAUGAAGACUUUCUACAAUCAAAGAAUAAUCACAAGAAAAGCAGGACUGUGUCCAAUGAAGGUCCUAAAACAAAUUCAGAUAUAUGCAAAGGGAAUGGGACAAAGAGAGUCUCUGGUGUUCAUAAGAGGGGGCCAUGUGAUGAGAAGCAAAAAUGCAUUAAAACCAAAGAUCAGGCAGCACACACGAAAAACUCUAAGAAUCUCAAAAGUACGAAAGUGACCAAUGAGGACCUUGAACUGCCCUCUAUGUCUUUUGAGUCCUGUCUGAGUUAUGACUUCAAAGCACUCAAGAGGAAAAAAAGUUCUGGGCACAGUGAGAAGCCAGCAAAAAAACAUAAUACCUGUGAGAAAGAAGAGGGACCUGUUAAGGGUAAGAAGGGGUCUGUGAUGGACUUACUCAAUGUUCCUUUGCCAGCAUUUCUACCAGAGUGUGAUGAACUCUCAAAUUUCCAGUAUAUAACCGUGAAAGAGGAGGAGAGAACAUUCAGAGCCUCUGAUGUCCCACGUGAGGCUCCUAUAUUUACGGGCCAAAGGCUGAAUAAGAAGAUGCAGGUUUACUCUGGAGUCAAGACCACGUUCCUCCCAUCCAUGAUGACCCUGUACCAACAAUGCAUCCGUGCACUACAGAACAACAUUGACUUGCUCUAUGAGAUAGGAGGGGUCCCAUUUGAAAUUCUUCAGCCGGUGUUGGAGCGAUGCACACCUUACCAGCUGCAACGUAUUGAGGAAUGCAACCCAGUCUAUGUUGGACUGACUGAAGGCCUAUGGGAGAGGCACUGUCGGAGGGACUUCAGGAACGCCCAGCUAGAGGAGUACGAGUCCUGGAGAGAGAUGCACCUUAGACUGUCUGAGGAGAGAGAGAGGAAACUUCAGCAACUGACCAAGACCAUAGUCUCUGCCCAUUCUGGGAAACCAAAAGGACGUCAGGUGAAGCUGGCAUUCAUCAACUCUAUUGCCAAGCCACCCAGAAAUGUCCGUAUUCAGCAGGAGAUCUAUGGAACCGCUCAUCCCUUGCAGCAGCCUCAUCCUCUGGACAGACCCAGUCCCAAAUCUCAAGACAACAGACCCAGACCCAGCUAUGCAGAACCAGCCAAACCUUCGACCACAGCUUCUGGGCCUAGUCAAGCACCAGACUCAAAAAGAGGAAGAGUUGCUCCUAUGAUGGCAAAAUCCUUGAAAGCCUUUAAGAAGCUGGGACGAAGAUGAUUACCUGAGGCAGGAUGGACCAGGAAACGGUUAUGUCAAAGGGUACUUUCUUGAUAGAUUUUCUUGUUAUUUCUUGUGAGCACCCAGUGAACUACACUAUUAAACAUGAUAAAAUGAUCAAUUUUGGUUUUUACUUUUAUUUAGGUGGCACAUUGAUUCCAGUUGGCAUUUGUAGACUCAUAAUUUUGUCUACUGUUGUCUAGGUUUAAGCUUCUCCUGGUGGUCAUGAAAACAAUUGUGCCUUCAGCCACCCAGGCCCAAAGGUGUCAAAAAGGUCUUAAGCAUGUUUAAUUGUCUACAUUAUUUGAGUGCUAGUAACACUAUUGGCCAAUACGGCUGUAGUUCCUCUUUCCUGUAAAAUGUAAGAAGCUCCUCUGUCAUUCCACACACACAAAUUGAUACAACACUAUUGGGCAAGGGAGCCAUGGUCCCUGUUCUGUAAAAUCUAUGGAACUCUAC